UGGGCAAACCCAGCAAUGAUUAGGCCCCCGUUGUUGCCUGGUGCUGCCGCGUCUGUGCUUUGCUGUUCAUGAACAUUUCUGGCGCUCCGGGAGUGUUUCUGCAUCUUCUCUCUCUCCCACGUCCGCAAGCCUGAGGAUUUCCGCCUCGGUUCGAGCAAAGUUGUCCACGAUGGCAGAGCUUUCCACGGAUGCGUACUGGCGAGCGCCUCCAAUUGCUAGAACUGUCGCGACUGCUACGUUUGGCCUGUCUGUCGCUGUGUAUACGGGACUCCUUGACGGGGGCCUCUUCAUGUAUGACCAUCGCCUCGUCUUGUGGAUUCCUCCGCAGCUAUGGCGCCUCGUAACAUGCUUCCUGAUCACCUUGCCAAACCUGGGUAUCUUGUUCGACACUUUCCACAUGUACAUCUACAUGAGUCGGCUGGAAAGAGGUCAUCCGCGGCUGUCUAGACGAGAAGAUUUUGUCUGGUACUUGAUCUUCAUAUGCGGAACCAUUCUGAUACUCAAUCACCUGUCCGGCUUCGAUUUUGGACUGCUGACGCAGGCACUCAUCCUCGCCAUGGCAUACACCGUAACCCAGGAGCAGCGAGGACAGACGACGAACUACAUGUUCAUCAACAUCCCGUCUCAGCUUGUGCCGUUUGCCAUGAUGGCUAUCAACCUGUUCUUUCCCGGAGGUAUCGGUAUGGUGUUGCUGCAGCUUCACGGGCUGGUUGCGGCGCACCUGUAUCUGUUCUUGACCAAGAUCUGGCCUGAGAUUGGUGGCGGCAGGAACUGGCUCGAGACGCCCGCGUUCAUCACGACGCUUGUGAACGGGGUCACCCCAGCGCCGCCACGACCAGCCGUUGGAGCGAGAGCGCCUGGUACAGCCUUUGGUCAAAGCAGCGGUGCUUCUCGCGGACCCUUACCGGACUCGUGGCGGACUAGAGGGCCUGGCCACCGUCUGGGCUAG